CGUAUCUUCCUCCCUUUGAAGAGACCGAAGAAGAUGAACGACCAUUUCCUCUUCCUGUCUGAUCCCACAAGACCAUGCAGCGGCUGGGUUUCCACUACAGAUGCGCCACCUUCACCCCCGCCUCUUGAGGGAAUCGCUGCCGUGGUGGGUCAGCACGUUCUCUUUGGUCACAACCCCACAACAAUCUCCGGCACCACUAAUAAUAACAACGACAACAACGACCUUAAUGGUUCCAAAGGUUUCACGUCGGUGCAGAAGCGAGCAGACAAGAGUGCAGCUGGUGGGAUUCUGUCGGUGAACAAGACGUACAGGGGAGUGAGGAAGAGGCCGUGGGGGAGGUGGUCGGCGGAGAUACGCGACCGAAUCGGUCGGUGCCGGCACUGGCUGGGAACGUUCGACACGGCGGAGGAGGCAGCCCGUGCGUACGACGCCGCUGCGAGGCGACUGAGAGGCGCGAAGGCGAGAACCAACUUCGAGAUACCUUCAGUGCUGCCAUUGUCGUCACCUUCUUCAUCGUCUGCAAAUUCAAUCUCAGAAGUGAAAAGCAAGGGAAAGACUUUGGUUAAUCACAAGAAAUGCUGCGUGGUUAACUCUGUGUCUCAGUUGUUCAGUGGGGUGCCGGAGAUUGUGAGAGAGAAUGAUCGCAGUGAGAAAAUUAGUUCAGGUUUUGGUAAUAAUCUGGAACUAGACUUGAAGCUUGGUGUGGACUUCGGAGGUAGAACCACUAGAAUGGUCAUGUAGUGUAUGUGUAGCUUGAAACUAGUACUAGAUCAGAAAAUCUUCUCUUAUAAAUAUCUGAAGAAUCCGAAGAUCGACUUAGGGUUGCUAUGUUCUUUUGGACUGUGUGGCUGAUGAAUCUGGUGUAAUGAAUGUGCAUGUAAACAAGAUAUUCUGUACUGGGAGCUAGCUGAUAAAUUUAC